AUGAGUGGCAACGCGGUGCAGCCGCUCAGGCGGAACAGCGUGGCUUCCAGGCGCGGUCCGUCCGCGGUGAAGAAAUCAGCUCCGUCCGAGAACGGCGUCAACACCCCAAGCGGGGCCCCGGCGAAGCCCUCCUCGCCUAACCAGCCCUCGUACGUGAAUUGAUACAGUUCGAUUUCCAUCCUGGUAUGUUGAAACUUGUUUGUUUGAUAGAGUGUUGUUGAGGGGAAUGAAUAUUUGCAGGGUGAACGGAGGGGAGAGGACGGUGAAGAAGCUGAGACUGUCCAAAGCUCUCACUGUUCCCGAGGGCACGACGGUGUCUGAUGCUUGCAGAAGGAUGGCAGCUCGGCGGGUGGAUGCCGUGCUCCUCACGGAUGCUAACGGCCUCCUCUCUGGGAUUCUUACGGAUAAGGUGGUUUAUUUUGUCACUUUCACUUUUGCUGAACCGCAGCUUUUUAUUUAUGGUUUUUGGAAAUUUGCGUUCGUACUUGUACAGGAUAUUUCCACUAGGGUUAUAGCAGAGGGCUUGAGACCGGAGCAAACUAUAGCGUCUAAGAUCAUGACGAGGAAUCCGGUGUUUGUCACAUCUGAUUCCCUUGCAAUUGAGGCUCUGCAGAAGAUGGUCCAAGGUAUCUCUCGCUACGAAUUUUGAUACAUUAUUUUGCCAACUGUUGAACCUCAGGUUUUAAUGUUCAUAAGGUUUUGGAAUGUGCCAUCUUUAAACAAAAAUAGUUCUAUAUGGCCUAAUUCGGAAAUUAAUUGGAUAUUUCAUUUAGACAGUUCGGUUUAUGUCGUCAUCAGAGGACUUUGAACGACAUUGUUGUAUCCGAAAUGUUAUUUAUUAGUUUACAAUGAGGAAAAUUUCGGUUAGAAGUGAUCUAGAUCUCGGUGUUUAAACGACCCAGGCUAAAAUAGGAAGGAAGGGAUGCGAGAUACCCCUGGCAUACCUUCAUGCGGCUGAGAAUCAUCCUCCAUACGUGCUUAAGGACCAACUUCGUAUAAUUGAAGCAUACAUGAAAGUUAUCCGCAGAGAUAUCAUAAUAAACCCAUAGGUUGGCCUGAAAGGGCUUGUACUGAACCGGAUUCCAUCUAUAGAGCAUAGUUGAUUCAAGUUGACGAUUUAUAUCAAACGUUGGAGCCUUAUCUAGAACAACAUAUCUACAGUUGGAUGCCUUUGAGUUGGUCCUAAGAACCAAAUAUUCCUUAGGGUUUCUCUCUUCGCAGGGGAAUGAAUGGAUUUCUUGAGCCAUCAGCUAAGAUCAUUUCUGCCGAACAAUUCUCACAUCCACAAAGGGCUCUAUAAUGUCCAGGAAGAAUGGCAGGGACAGCUUUUCUGGUCAUCGUGGGACUAUAUCGUUCAGCGUUCAUAUGAAAAUGAACAAAAAAUAUACAGUGUUGUAUCUAUCUAGGAGCCUUCCAUCGACUAUUUUAAGGCUUAUGCCAAGUCUAUUUCUUCGCAGGAAAAUUUAGGCACCUCCCGGUUGUAGAAAAUGGAGAAGUUAUUGCCUUGUUAGAUAUUACGAAAUGUCUUUAUGAUGCUAUUUCGAGAAUGGAAAAGGCAGCAGAGCAGGGAAGUGCAAUUGCUGCUGCUGUGGAAGGGGUGGAACGUCAAUGGGGAAGCAACUUUUCUGGUUAGUUUUGCUUAUUUAACUUUUUGAUCUUUGAUAGAUGUCUGAAUUCUUGAUAGAUGCAUAUAACGUGUUUAACAUUGAUGUGAGUGAAAGAUGAUGCUUCCCGAUGCUGUAUUCUUUUGUAGAUGGAUACAAGUAUUCAUGAAAAAAUCUUAAAUCAUACUUUUGUCUCAUAAUAGCAAAAUUAUACUCUUUAGGCAUGAACAAUGAUAUUUUAUCGGUUAUCUUUGUCAUUUUCUGCGUAUGGUUUCCAUAAUAUUACAUGAAACUAUUCUCGGAUAUUUUUAACCCUGGUUAUUUUGCGAUAAGAAUCAAUGGGUUAGCAUCAAGACAUCUUUGCUGUGUUCACUGCACAAGAUGACAAAUAAGGGUGAUUUCAUGAUAAAUUCAAUCGAUAAUCAUCAAGUAUAGAUCUAAAGCGACUGAAGACAACUUUCGCUAGGUCGUUUUCGUAAUAAAUUUUGCUGAAAAGACAUUCCAUGGAAAUAACUAAUCUAAAAAUAUCAAGGUAUUUUUUGAAGGAUGCCCUUGACGUUCUUAUUCUUUUCUCCAGCACCUUAUGCUCUAAUAGAAACACUUCGGGAGAGGAUGUUUAAGCCUUCUCUGGCAACCAUCAUCAAUGAGAACACCAAGUAAUGUUAAAUUUUACUUGUUAUCUUGUAGUAUGCGUCGGCUUUUUUUACUGGGCUUUAUUUCAAUAUCUUUUUUAAUGGAUUCGAAUUUUUUUGCUUCUCAGAGUUGCAGUGGUCUCAUCAUCGGAUCCUAUAUAUGUUGCAACAAAAAAGAUGCGCGAACUACGAGUGAAUUCAGUGGUAAUCGCAAGUGGGGGCAAGCCUCAGGGAAUUCUUACGUAUGCAUAGUUUUCUUUUAAUUCCACAUGUUUUACUGGUUGUCUGUUGCCCUAGUCUCCCUUUCUCCUGUUGCAUUCUGAUGGAGGCCUUUUAUAUAUCUCUCAGAUCAAAGGAUGUUCUCAUGCGAGUAGUAGCUCAAAAUCUUUCGCCUGAACUCACUCUUGUGGAGAAGGUGCUAAUCUCAUCAAUUUAGAAUCUUGUUAGUAUUUUCCUUCUUUUUUUUUCCGUUUGCCCUUUCUUUAAUGUCACGGAUAAGCCACAGUGGUGCUAGGUAAAAUCUGUUGAAUGACCCUAACUCACAUCUUUCCGUUUUAUAGCUCAAACAGGCUUAUAGACGCUUACAACAGAAACCCAAUGCUCAUUUUGUGGAGACAAUUGGAUUCUUGGAUGUGCUUUCUUCCGUGAGAAUUGUUACCUUGGCCAAAUUCUCUGUCGACCUUAUAGAUCAAGUCUCAGUUCCAGCAGAGCCAGUUUUUGCUACCAUAUCCUUAUUGUUUGGUGUGCAAUUACAAAACUCAAAUGAAACUUUGCUAAUAUCUUUAACAUACCUAGAUACCCGUCUAGAAAGAGAAGACAAAAAAUAUGAUUACUAGUUCUUACUCGUCUGUUGCCCCUGUUUUUGCUAGUUAAUCAUUAUCCUUUGAUGUCUAGAUGGAAAACUCCAAUCAACUCCUCUUGGUUACUAUAAUCUUUCUGUCCCAGUAUCUUCCUUUAUUUCUGAGCUUCUGAUUCCGUCAAUCUGUUGAUAUGUCAAAGGUCAUGACGCCGAACCCUGAAUGUGCUACUCUGGACACCACCAUCCUUGAUGCACUUCAUAUAAUGCACGACGGAAAGUUCUUGCAUCUUCCUGUUCUGGAUGGAGGCAAGUGAUGUUCUCCUGAUUUUGCCUUUAAAUCUUUGUUCUGCCAUGUGUGAUAUUUGACUGAGAAUGUUAAUCCGCAGAGGGAUGCGUCACUGCCUGCGUUGAUGUCUUGCAAAUAACUCAUGCAGCCAUUUCAAUGGUAGGUAUACCGUGUUUGAACCAAAUUCCUUCACCUGGUAGCUUUGUACAAUGCUGAAAUAUUGGAUGAUGUAUCUAAAAUGUACCCACGUUUUCUAUGGCUGCCAGCCACGAACUCGUGGCCGAUGGUUGACUUUUUCUUAUAUUUGUGGCAUUUUGAGCUCUAGGUGGAUGGAGGAUCCAAUGCGGCAAAUGACGCGGCGAUGACAAUGAUGCAGAAAUUCUGGGAUUCAGCUCUUGCUCUUGAACCCCCUGAAGACGAAUAUGAUGACACUCACAGGUGAACUUUUCGCUCCAUACGGCACAGAAUGUUCUCGAACUCGGCCUCAUUGCAGUCUGUGGGAUUCCACUGUGUUGCUCUUACAGUGAACUCUCUGCACUGAUGUCGUCAGAAGUCGGUGAAGCAGGAAGGCUCACAUACCCCUCUCUGGGCCUGGGGAACUCAUUUGCUUUCAAGUUUGAAGAUCAGAAGGGCCGCGUACACAGAUGCAACUGCAGUGAGUGCCUAAACCUUCCUCGAGCUUCGAUGAAUUUUUAAUAUGUUUUUUUCUUUGAUUCCCAUCUCCUCGUCUCACUGCAGAUGCAGAGAACCUGAGCGAGCUCAUUUCUGCUAUUAACCAGAGAACAGGAACCGGGUCUGCCCAAGAAAAUCCUCAGCUUUUGGUGAGCUCUCUGAAUGACCCUCUCAGUUUUAGGCAUCGCCGCUGCUGAUGCGGCAACCUCAUGAACCAAUGCAUGCAGUAUGAGGACGACGAAGGCGACAAGGUCCUCAUAUCCACGGACAGCGACCUGGCGGACGCUGUGAACCAUGCAAGAGUAGCUGGCUGGAAGGUAAAAUCGACUUCUAUACGCUUUAGUAUGAUAACCUGGGGAACCCAAUUGGCGCCUAAUAUUCACUUCUCUGCAUGGUUCUCCAGGUGCUGAGGCUGCACAUUUACUACUCUAAUACGCUGAAGCAGAUGACCGCGCCUUCAGAGCUCGCGCCCGCGCCAGUUCAGAAGAGUGAUUGGACCUCUCUCCACACCGGGGCUCUAGCUGGUGCAGUUCUUCUAACAGGAAUCGGUCUGUUGGUCCUUUUAAAGCGACCCAAGUCGUGA